AUGCCAAGCAAUAGUUUUCGGGCAUCCGACAGUGUCUCCGGCCGUAUCCACCAGGCAGCAGAUUCAAAUACAAGGAUCGACGUUGAGUCAUCUCGUUUCUCCACGUUUGAUCCUGCACACAUCACUAAGCUUGUAAGAACAAAAGAUAAAAAAUGGCUUCGAGAUCAUGGAGGUAUAGAAGGCAUGGUGUUAGUCCUGGAAUCAGAUGUGGAGAAUGGCAUCAGAGGUGAUCGAACUGACAUUGACAGCAGAAGAAAAGCCUUCGGUUCUAAUCUUCUUCCCGAGUAUAAUCUGCGAAAAAUAUUUCACCGUCUCGCGUUGGAAGCAAUUAGAGAUCCCAUGAUUGUUGUUUUGUUUAUAUGUGCUGUGCUUUCUCUAUGUUUUGGCAUUCAAAAACAUGGCCUAGGACAAGGAUGGCAAGAAGGGGUGACAAAAAUACUUGCUAUUCUUGUAGUGGUAAUUGUUUCCUCCAGCGGAAAAUUUUGGCCAAUCAGUCAAUGCCUUGAAUUUUCAGAUAUCAGCAGCUAUAUUCCUGAAACUGAUGUUGUGAGAAGCAGUAAAUGGCAGCGAAUUCCAAUAUGUCGUGUUGUUGUCGGAGACAUAGUUUUUCUAAAGCCUGGUGAUCAAGUUCCAGCUCUACCUAACAAGUAUCUACCGACAAUACUACAUACAGAUAUGACGAAGACAGAUGGGCAAAUUGAUCGAAUCGAAGUGGACGCACACGAGAAUCCAUUCUUGUUCUUUGGCAGUACAGUUGGGGAUGGUUAUGCCAGAAUGCUAGUAACAGCAGUUGGCAAGAACGUAAAGCACCAUGGGAUUUCUUUGAGGUGGUCAUUAAUUGACGAGCUCAAAAGAAUCACCUCUAUAGUAGGCAAAUGUGGGAAGACAGUUGCUCUUCUGACAUUUAUGGUGUUUUUGUUGCGUUUCUUGACAGGAAAACUAUACGAUGAUAACGUAAAAAGGGUGUCUUUCGGUGGAGAAACAAGAAUUCGUGAUGUUCUUGCUGUCCUUGUUGGGAUUCUGGCUACUCCAACAAUGAUUGCUUCGACAUCUAGGCCAGAAGAUUUGGUUUCGGCUGUCAGAACCUGUAUUGCUUAUUCAAUGAAGAGACUGAUGAAGAGUAAAAUUCUUGUGAGAGAACCCUCAAUCUGCCAGGCAGUUGCAUCUGUCACCACUGUCUGCAUGAAUAAAACUGGAACCUUAACUAUGGAUUCCAUGGAGGUGACCAAGUUCUGGCAAGGUUUAAACUCCAUUGAAGAAGUUCAGCAUAAUUUGAUUGCUCCAAGUGUGCUUGAAUUACUGCACCAAGGAAUUGGUUUAAACACUACUCAACCCCCUUCAAGGUCUUCAAUAUCAUCUCCUACAAAUUCAACUGAGAAGGCAAUUUUUGAGUGGGCUGUUAAGCAGUUAGGGAUGGAUGUGGAAAGUCUGAAACAAAGCUGCACAAUUCUUGAAAUUGAACCCUUCAAUUCGAAGAAUAGGCAAAGCGGGGUUUUGAUCAGUAAAAAUGGAGACAAUACAAUUCACGUACAUAGAAAGGGAGCUCCAGAAGUGAUAAUUCCAAUGUGUUCUCAUUACUAUGAGAGUACUGGAAUUGUGAAAGUGAUGAACAAAGGUUCCAAAGCUUUAUUUGAGCAAAUUCUUGAAGGCAUGGCAGAAAAUGGCCUCAGAUGUAUAGCUUUCGCUCACAGGAAAACAUCAAUAAGAGAUUAUUUCACUUUCUCUCGACAACAACUGAUUCUAUUAGGCCUUGUCGGAUUGACAAAUUCGCGUCGAAGUGGGACAAGACGAACAGUGGAAGAUUGUCGUAGAGCUGGAAUCAACGUCAAAUUGAUCACUGGAGAUAGCAAAGUAACUGCCAGAAUCAUGGCCACUAAAUGUGGAAUAAUUGAGCCUGAUUACCAGCCUGGUGAAGUAAUAGAUGGUGAGGAAUUCCAGAAGUUUAGCUCAGAAGAGCGAAUGGCAAAAAUUGAAAAUAUCUGCGUUCUGGCAAGAGCCACUCCUGAUGACAAGUUACUUAUGGUCCAAUCUUUGAAGCAGAAGGGCCAUGUGGUUGCAUUCAUUGGACGUGGCAUUGGAGAUGCACAGGCCCUCAGAGAAGCAAAUGUAGGACUUUGUUUUGGAACCCAAGGGGCAGAAAUUGUUAAAGCUUGCUCUGCCAUUGUCAUGUCAUACAAAGAUUUUCCUUUGAUCACUGAUAUUUUGAGAUGGGGCAGGGGAAUAUAUGACUGUGUCCAGAUUUAUACUCAGUUUUUGCUUAGUGCAACUGUCGUUGCUCUGGUAAUUGACUUUGUGAUGUCAGUUUCAUCUAGUGAACCCCCUGGUUUGGAUGCUGUGGUAGCUGUUUCAACAGGAAAAAUUCCAUUUCCAGUGUUUCAACUUUUGUGGAUGAAACUGAUCGGAGGUACUUUAGCAGUUCUUGCACUCAUUAUAGAGAAACCGUCUCAAGAUGUUAUGCAGAGGCCACCGAAAAACUUGAAAGAGCCACUAAUGACAGCCAAAAUGCGUAACAAAAUUUGGGCUCAAGCAUUAUAUCAGAUAGCCAUCUUUCUGGUGCAUGCCUCCUCUGGGAAACUUGAAGUUGUCAAUGUUCAAGCCUAA